AUGGUUUGGUUCCAGAACCGUCGUGCUAAAUGGCGCAAGAAGGAACAUACCAAAAAAGGACCUGGCCGGCCCGCCCACAACGCUCAUCCUCAAUCCUGCUCGGGAGAACCAAUACCACCUGCCGAGCUACGAGCCAGAGAACGUGCGCGUCGCAGGAAAAAGCUUCAAAAAGCUCUAGAGCGACAAGCUCGCAAGUUGCGCGCCAAAGGAAUCGCAGUGGAUCUUGUGGCGCUAAAAAGAGAGUACCUUGCGCAGAGGGGCGGUGACGGGGCAGAUAGUGAUAGCGAUAUAGACGUUGUUGGUGACUCUGGGGCGGAAUCAGAAAACUUUAAUAAUAGCGAGAGUGGUAGGUACUCAUCUUCCGUAUCGGAAUCUGGAGUGGAUCUAACCGCAGGAUCACAAGAUGACAAAAUCAGACGGGCAAAUCCGUUUAGUAUAGAUUCUUUACUAAACAAUAACACUUGA